AUGGCUCACGGCAGCGGCCUCUGCAGAUUCCUCCUGGUGCUUCUCGGCCUCUCGGUGGCGGCCACACGCGCAGAGACGAUCGGAGACUCGCUGCCCACCCUGCAGGGGGAGAACCAGGACACAAUGUCGGGGGACGUGCCCUAUGACGUCACCACGAAGGAGCCCAUCCAGGAAGUGACAGACUGCUGCUUCACCUACGACCACGAGGACUCCACCCACUCCCAGGCCGUGGAUCAGGUGGAAGGGGUCCUCGGGCUAGGGGCCAUCACAGCCAUCGUGAUCGCCGUCUUCCUCGGAGCUUCGGUCCUCCUGGCACUCAUUGUCAUCACCCUCCGAAAGUUCACCGCAUCAUAG